GCAAGCAGGGAGCUAUUAUCUCAGUUGCUUGGAGAGAAAAACCAUGCUGGGGCCGUGCUCCAGCAUGUCCCUGCACAAGGCUUGGCUUGCUGUGCUGCACCCUGUGCUCAGGCUGGGGUGUGUGGUGUGACUAGGAUUAAUCUCCAGACGUAGCAAUAAAUGCUUUCCUGGGCUUGCUUCUUCAGCUUGUACCUGAGAAGGGCAGAUCUUAGCAACCAGGAGCAUAAGCACCAAGCACCAGCCUCUUACCAUUCUGGCGAGGAGUUCAGGUAUUUCAUGGAGAGGUUCCUUCAGGCCAGAUGCUGUCUGUGAGCAUCACAGCUCUCUGCAGUGCCAUCUGAGACCAUACGAGCUGGACACAGGCAUGGGGGAUUCUUCAGCGAAUGCCAUGGAUGGAGGUAUAGACAUGUGCUGUAAAGACACACAAACUGAACUGGCAGAGCAGGUAGCAGCUAUAGAUGUGGCUGUUGGUCCAGACAGAAGUGACCAAAAUGGUGAAGGCAGCACUGAAGAGAAUGACACAGUCUUUUCUGAUAACCUAAAAGACAGCCAAAGAAAUGGAGUCAACAGUGACACGAGAAUGAAUGAAUUUCCGCCUUCCCCACGGUCAGAAGAUGCUCACUGGAGGAAUGUUCCCAAGAGACCUCUCACUAGACCUGUAUUAUCAAGUAGGAAGUUGUCUCUUCAGGAAAGAUCAUCAGGAAGUUAUUUGGCUUCUAGCAACACACCAGGUUAUGGUCCUUAUGCCACAGGGCCAUCACCACGUAUAAUGAGGAGACCAACAAUAGAGUCCAAUCGGGUCUCCAUAUCAGAUUCUGAGGACUGUGUGCAGUUAAACCAGUACAAGCUGCAGAGUGAAAUAGGCAAGGGUUCCUACGGGGUUGUGAAGCUGGCUUACAAUGAGAACGAUGACAAAUACUACGCCAUGAAAGUCCUCUCCAAAAAGAAGCUCUUGAAGCAGUAUGGAUUUCCACGUCGGCCACCUCCCAGAGGGUCGAAAGCAUCCUCUGGAGAACAGCCAAAACCCAUGGCACCACUGGAGAGAGUUUAUCAGGAAAUAGCCAUCUUAAAGAAACUGGACCAUGUCAACAUUGUUAAGCUGAUAGAGGUCCUUGAUGAUCCUGCAGAGGACAACUUGUACAUGGUGUUUGAUCUCCUGAGGAAAGGGCCUGUCAUGGAGGUACCAAGUGACAACCCCUUCAGUGAGGAGCAGGCUCGGCUCUACUUCCGAGAUAUCGUCUUGGGCAUCGAGUACUUGCACUACCAGAAGAUCAUUCACCGGGACAUCAAGCCUUCCAACUUGCUCUUGGGAGAUGAUGGGCAUGUCAAAAUCGCCGAUUUUGGAGUCAGCAAUCAAUUUGAAGGGAAUGAUGCCCAGCUUUCCAGCACGGCAGGGACACCAGCCUUCAUGGCACCAGAGGCCAUUUCAGACACUGGCAAAAGUUUCAGUGGAAAGGCACUUGACGUAUGGGCCAUGGGAAUUACCCUCUACUGCUUUGUUUACGGGAAGUGCCCUUUUAUAGAUGAAUAUAUUCUGGGUCUUCAUAAUAGGAUCAAGAACAAGCCUGUGGAGUUCCCAGAAGAAGCACAGAUAAGUGAAGAGCUCAAGGAACUGAUUCUACGCAUGCUCGAUAAAAAUCCAGAAACAAGGAUAACAGUCCCUGAAAUUAAGGUGCAUCCGUGGCUAACCAAGGGUGGUGAGGAGCCCCUGCCUCUGGAGGAGGAGCACUGUACUGUGGUGGAGGUGACAGAGGAGGAGGUGAAGAACUCGGUGAAGACGAUCCCGAGUUUGCCAGCUGUGAUCCUUGUGAAGGCUAUGCUAAGAAAACGCUCCUUUGGAAACCCAUUUGAGGUUCAGACAAGGCGGGAAGAGAGGUCCAUGUCUGCUCCAGGGAACUUACUGAUAAAACAAGGGAGCAGAGAAGGAGGCAGGGACCCGGAGCUGCCCAACGUGUGUGAAGACGAAGCUACAUCCUGAAGCUGCCUGGCUGUUAUGGGCUGGUCGCUCACAUGCUGCUGCUGUUGUACCCAUCGUGGUGUUGUCUAGCACACAUCUGCCCUCAUCACUGAGUCUGGGGCCUGCAAAGCAAACAAAACCAGAAGCAAACAUGGACCAACCCAGGAAACCAGAAAGGAGGAACCGAGCAGCAAUAAGAAGAGCGAGUCCUCGGGCAGCACUGCUCCAGGGGACUGGCUUGGCUUCAUGGGCAGCUGCAUUCCUCAUGCCAGGUGUCCGUGUGCUCCUCCGUGUGUGCCUUGCUCUCCACUUGUGCUUCAUGUGUGGGCUUUGUAGUUGGGUGUCUUGGCUGAUGAAUGUGGUUUUAUUUGUACCGCAGCAAACCAAACGUUGUCUUAGGCAUCAAUCUCCCCAGAGAUGUUCUCUUUGCUCUUUGCAUUCUUUAUUUCAAGCAUCAGGAAAAACAAUUACAUCAAAGCCAGGUUAAAACCCGGCAACGGUUUUAUUUAAUGCACUUCUGUGUAUGAGGACACAGUCCUGCUCUUGUUGGAGGUGAUGGCAAGAUUUCUAUGGAUAUCAGGGAAAUGAGGAUGAGAUCUUGCUUUUGGAGUGAACACUCACACUCUCUGCCUUUCUUCCUCUUCUAUCCCUUCUCGUCUUACCCCUCAGUUUUGCACAGGGUGAAUCCUGCCAGCAUCAAUGGCUUUGGUCAGGGCAACAUCAUAAAGCAGAAGAACUACAGGAUCCUUUCUUUGAUGUGCAGUCAGCCUUUGAAUGUCAUAAGGAUCUGGAGCAUUGGGUAUGCUCUUACGCAGGAAGGCUUAACCCCACUGAGGACAUCUGCUAACCAAGUGUGCUCUUCCCAAAGACCUAGGGCUGCACUCCAUCUGCUGCACCCAGUCCACGCAUGAAUGCUGCUCAAAGCUGAAAAGAAGUAGCAGGUUUGGGUUUAUUUUAUAUAAGGGUGAUUAUCUUCCCCUCACUCGUCUCUUGGCUUCUAUAAAAUCAUGUACCUGAUGCUUUAAAACUUUAAUUUCUGGAUAAAUGACCCAAACUGGGGUAACUCCCAAGGAUGGAAGGGGUUUAGGCUAAGGAAAAGCUACAAAUGAGAUUAAAACAUGAUCUUUUGGGUUUUGAGGCUUUAUUUUUUAAUUUUAUUUUAAGACUGUACUUUUUCUGCACAUGCUGCUAUUUUAUCCAUAGAUUGCUUCUAAACCUGGGAUUAGAAGCUUCAUCUCUACAGUUUGACACCAGGUGAGAGAUCCCCCUUCAAAGGGCAAAUGCAGCUAUUUCAGUGGCUGUUGGCUAUACAGACUGUGUGUAUACAUCAGGGAUUUUACUCUCACGCUCAGAGAGUAAAAACCAGUGACAUCAAUCCAUCAAAAUAAUGUCAGUAUUUUCCUUUGAGCUUUAUGGGGUCUGUGCAUGCCCCUGGGAAGCCAAUGGGACUGAAUUCUUAUUUUGUAGUACUUAAAUAAAGGACACUGGUAAAUUUGGUUCCUACAUAAUCAUCUUACUGCCUCUUUUUAGGUUAAUCCUGAGGGCUUGGGACUUUGUCCCCUAACUUUUUCGUGUGAGGGGAUACAUGUAUGAGGGCUGUUGGCAGCAGCUGCCGUUCCCAUCCUGUUUACUGCAGUCUGGUUUGGUGGUUCCCAAUGGUUUUGUAGCUGGGCUUUGCUGCUGAUGCCUUCUGCUGCCUGUCCCAGCCUGCUUGUCUUCAGCCACCCCGGUGGGAUGCCAGAAGCAGUCAACAGCCAUAUCUUGCCUGGAAAUAUUGGGAAAUUGGGAAAUAAUGUUGCAGCUGAUGUAUUUUAUUGAGGAGACCUUUAAUUUUUAAAGCAGGCAAAGGCAUUAGAUCGUGUAAAGGUUACUGCUGUGGGCCCGUGCUCUGCAUCCGGAUGGUAACUCCUGCCUGCAUUGGUGCAUCUGCCCUCACCAACUGCGUGCUCAGCAUCCCCCAGGGCCUGUGGUCUGCUUGGAUCCUGCUGCCUUGUAAUGAAGAUUAAGCACCCAUUGAAAAGGAGUGAAAAGGGAGAUGGGGACUUGGCAAGUCUGAGAGUACAGGGGGGCUCCACAAACGCAGGAGGAGGGGCUGGUUCCAGUAUUUAAAGGGUGGCUGCAAAGAAGACAGAGAUUCCCUUUUUACAAAGAGUCCCAUGGAAGAGGAUGAGGGGUGAUGGGCACAAGGGAGAUUCCAGGUGGGCACAAGAGGAAGACUUUUCACAAUGACAGCAAUCAGCCAUUGGAAUAAUCUCCCCAGGGAAGUGGUAGAUUCCUCAACGUUGGACACUGUUAAGAUUUGGCUGGACAGGGUGCUGGGACAUCUAGGCUUAGGACACGCUUUGUCAGGAAAGGUUGGACCAGAUGAUCCUUGAGGUCCCUUCCAACCUGGUGUUUUACAAUUCCAUGAUGAUUCUAUGCCUGGUCAGGAGGAACCGCUGCCCUUGGAGGGGAUGAUCUCUGGACACAAACUGCUCUGCUGGGGACAACGCGCUGGGAUGCCGUCACAUCCUGCUGCACACAGGGGCAGGGAUGAGCAGCCCAGAGGAAAGAGCAGGAACAAAGUGUCUGUCCUCCAGUUUGUGGGAAAAUGGGCUCUCAGCCUGCGUGAAGGAGUGACCUUGGACAUGGACAUGUCUUGGGAAGUCACCCUACCCCAGGGAGAAAAGGAAGCACUGGUAAUCCUUAUCUCCCUGGGACUUCUGAGGUCUAAGCAAUACUUGGGUUGUGCCCAAAGAGCUCUGAGACUGCAAAUGUAGGGUUACUUAUUGUAUAUUUAAUAUAUGGUAAGAAUAAUGUGCUAAUGCAGUCAGUUGUUGGGGCUAUCCUGAUGAUGCCCAAGAGGGUGGGAGCCAGAGGGGCAAGGCUUUUCUCAGCCUCAACCAAAUGAUCCUUUACAUAUCAGCUCUAUGUCAUGUUCCUUUAGGGGCAGCUCAAGUGUCACCUCAGUUUUUUGAGGGGGUGGAUAUGGUUUAUGAUUAUCCCAAACGUCUACUGUGAAAAGAUUGCCUUUUCAGCUGAGAGAAAUCCUCCUGGAGCUGUGUCCAGAGGCCCAAGAAAUAACCCGAGGUGUAGAGCUGAGCUUGUGUCAAACCUUGUUAAACUGCCAGCCAUGGGCAUCUUUCUUUUCAGUCUCCACAAGUCAUAUCAUGUCUCAGACAGCCGGAGAACUGGCAUGAAAUGAAAUGUAAACAUGGCACAAGCAGCAAGAGAAACACAUUUAUUGCAAGGGUGGGUGGGACUCCAGCAGGAAUAUGCUCUGCUUCUGGCUUGGCUGGAAAAUGAAAUCCUGGCUUCUUUAUGUGUGUGUUUAGGGCAGCUUGGAGCAACGCUGCUCCUGCUCUGAAGAAAGGAAGAGACUAGAGAGGGUAUUUGUUUGGCUCUGGUGAGCCAGCCCGUUUAUCUGCUCAGGAAAGUUGUUCUCUUCAGCUGGAUGGUGAGAUACUUGUCUUGCUUCCCUCUGUGAAGGAGCAGAUAGGGUUUGUCAUGGCAGGGCUCCUCCAGAAGCAAGAUCUAGUGCAGGCAUGCUCUGAUGCUUUUGUGUGUGUUUUUUCUUCCAGAUCCUCACUUACCUGUUCCUGGAGCACGGGGAUGCUCUGAACUGUGUUAGCUGGGGUCUGUGUGUUGGGGAACAGGUCCUUUUGCCCUGAUGAGUGAUGGCAGAGGCAGCCCUGGUCUGCUUUGGUUGGCUUUUCUAGGUGCAAGGACUGAGAGACCCUGAAGGGAAUCUCUCUUUGGGGGAAAUCAGACAUCUCUUUGGUCUGCAGGCAGUAGAUUUGUUUGUCCUGCUCAACCGAUAGCUCUCAGCCUUCAGUUUGUGAGGUAGUGCUAAGUGAAAACCAUGGUUUAGUCUCUCCUGUCUGGCACAGGCUUGAAGACAUUCACUGCAGUAUUCCCCUUUGGGCAGGAAUACAUCACUGUGAAUGUCACAUUUGCAAAUAAAUGAGGUUUUCAGCUCAUUACUGAUGUAUUGCACCGUGUGAAUGGAUGCCUGGAAAACCACUCACUGUGUUCUAACACUGAGCCCUGCGCAGGGGCUCAGCUUUGAUCCGUGGUUUUCCCAGUGAUGUCUCCAUGAGAAACGGCAGAUGAGGUGUAGCCGUGUGGUUUAGCCCUGGAGCAGGAGCAGGUCCAUGGGGUGCAGGACAGAGAGGGUAUUUGUAGGGGGCUGUGGUUGGGGGUUUCCAGUGUCUGUGCUGCUGGGGGCAGGAGGAAGACCUGGAAGCUUUGGCUGCAGCACGGUGUCUCCAGCCUGAUCCAUGUAGGAGCCUGUGGCCACAAGAGAAACCACAUCCCCAGCAGGAGUGAGUGUGGCUUGGGCUGUGAUGAUGUUCUAUGUUCUCAGUGCCUUGAGACACAAGAAGCUGCCCAGCAAAAGAGAGCUUUCUGAAAGAUAAGUUCCACACGUUUUCUUUAUCAUUUUGAGUGUGGAUAAGUCAGGCCUGGCCUGUGUUGGUCAUGGUGGCAUCAGUGAUGUGUCUUGUUCGUGUCCUCUGGGACCAGCACCUCCUGUGCAGAUGGCUGGUUGCUUUUUGCAGGUGUCCUUCUCAGUGUUUGCUGUCUGCUCAGCACUGUUCAGCCACAGUAACAGAUGGUCCUUGCUUUGGGCAGGGAUCUCACCUUGGUGUGGAUGGGGAUAGCAGGAGAGGCUCCUUUCUGUCCCCAGGGGAUGGGGAUCAGUAAAUGUAAACACCUUCCUGAGGGAAGGGCUGUGCUGCAGUGCUGCUGAGAGCAUGAGCACAUCAGGUGUCGAGCAGGAAUACUGCAGACUGGAAGGCAGAUAGAGUGGGGUUUGUGUGUUUGUAUAGCCUAGUUUGGGUGCCAAGGUUCUCCAUUCACCAGGGCACAUUUACAGUGGUGUUUGCUGAGCAAAGCAGUGGAAGGGAUUUCCUUUCUGGCCCAGAGCCUCCUACAGAAGACCAUGCUCUGAUCAGGUCUCUCCCAACCUGGAUUCUCCCAUGACCCUGUUGUUCUGAAUGCAGCCUUCUAUGGGAAGAGGGAAGGAAACGAGCUUGGGAAUCAGUGGCUGCCUUUCCCCUUCCCUUCCCGAAGGAAAGCCAUGUAUGCUCAGAGUCCCUGCUAGCCCAUGCCCUGCGUCAGUGACCACGAACCGUCAGGCAAAGUGUUCCAAAACCUGGUGUGAAUUUGAGAACAAGAGCUGCAGCUUUGGAGGGUACAAUUCAGAUCCUCUGUGCGUAGGUUUGCUGCUGUUUCCGACUUACAGGCCUAUUCUGUUGCUAUUUAAGUCUCUUGUUACAUUUGAUGUUAACUAUGACGCUGUAUGUACUCUGCUGUCAUUCAAGCAUGAUGUAUAUGCACUCAGUACCGUAACGGCGCAUGGCUGUUACACUGUAAAUAUGUACCAUGAAUAGAGAGGCUAUUUUUUGCAUGCUUUUCUACUCUAGACCUGAACAGAAAAUGGCAAUAAAGUCCACAGAAAUGA